AUUUUGUCAGCACUCACAAAAUUGUAGAGAGAGGGAGAAACAAUCAAAUUCCAGGGAGUAAGAGACUCUCUUCUCAUUCUAGAAUGGCGUGAAAAUCCAAUCUGCACUGCCUUGGCUGCUGCCUACUUUCUCACUGCACUUUCUAGUGUCACUAUCUCACUAACCCCCCAAAGUUUUCCAUCAUUUUGUCGAGAAAAUUUUGAAAUUCAAAUACAGAGGAGAGAAAACCCAGAAGGUAUGUUUAAGAAUCAAUUACAAGAGUUGGCCCAAAGGAGUUGCUUCAAUCUGCCAGCUUAUUCGUGCAUCCGAGAAGGACCAGAUCAUGCUCCUCGAUUUAAAGCCACCGUCAACUUUAAUGGAGAGACUUUUGAAAGCCCUACUUUUUGUUCAACCUUGAGACAGGCAGAACAUGCUGCAGCUGAAGUUGCUCUAAAUACACUUGCUAAUAGAGGUCCUUCUAAAGCAUUGGCUGCAAAAGUUUUGGAUGAAACUGGAGUCUACAAGAAUUUGCUUCAAGAGACUGCUCACAGAGCUGGCUUGAACCUUCCUGUCUAUACCACAAUGAAAUCUGGACCAGGACAUGUUCCUGCUUUUUCAUGCACUGUUGAACUUGCUGGAAUGAGCUUCAUUGGUGAACCAGCUAGGACAAAGAAACAAGCUCAGAAGAAUGCAGCAAUGGCUGCUUGGUCAGCCCUUAAAAAAUUGUCUCAAUGUGGCUCAUCUUCCUCAACCUCAUAUGAAGAACAAGAACAAGUUGUUGUUGCACGUUUUCUUUCAUCAUUCCGACAGUUAGAAUCAAGGCACUCUAUGAGAAAUAACCGUCAACAUGAAAAGCAGAGAUCAAUACCUUUAUGCAUGGAACUGACCCCACCAACACCAAGUUUAUAUUCUAUAAGGAACCAAAGCUGGCCUUACCCUAUUCUUUCCCCUGAGAUGGUAUACCAAAUGUGGCAGCAAGAACAAUUAUUUCAGUUGCAAAAUCACUUGUUUACAGUUCCAGUUUCUCCAGCCCCAGCUCCUCCACCUGUUGCUCAGAUUCUACCGCAUAUGCGGUCUAUUUUCCAUCCAGAUCACCAUCUAUCAGUUCCAGCAAGGGUGCAAGAACCUAUCCCUAGGCCCAGGCUUACAAUUGCUACCUCGAGGCCAUCAUUGUGUUUAUCUAAUGAUACAGUCACUGAUUCAGGCAAGGGUAAGUCUAGAGUGACAAUUCAAGAGAUACAAGAGGAAAUAACAGAAGAAUCAACCAAAUUCUCUCCACCUCUAGCUCUAGACUCCCAUGUUCCUAGUCAUGCCAGUUUUGAAUCAAGACGAGAGGAAUCAAAUGAGGAUCACAAGCAGAAGAAUGUUGAGUUGGAAAGCAAAGUUAGAAGUAUGCAAAGUGAAGGAGAUCAAAAUGGCCAAUCCGAACAGGCUUCGCUUAGGAGAUUUGAUACUGGUGCUAGGCCUACCAAUUCCCAGUUUGCAAGCUCCCGUGCUUUCAAUUCCUCUCAUUCUUAUCUUAGACCCCAGUAUCCUCCAAGAGCAGUUAAAUAUGAAAACUCUAGACUGCCUUCACCAGCUCCUGUGAUGAUCAGAAGUGUAGCUCCUGUUUCUUCAAUGAGACCAAGAUCACAAAAUUUAGCAACCCCAGUGCAUGCUCCACCAAGAAUGAGAACGGGAGCUGCACCAUCUCCAACCAGACCUAGAUUUGAUAGAAUCAAUUUAGGUGGUAUGCAUCCAAAUUCCAUGGCCCCGGCUGUUAGAAUCAGAUCUGUUGUUCCAGUCUGUGCAGCUCCACCACCGAGACAAAUUCCAAGCUUCAACCAGGAGGGGAUGUCACCCAACAAAGAUAAGGAAGAUGCAGGUGCUGCAGCUGAUGAUGUCUCAAAAGCAACUUCUCAGCUUGAUAAGCUCAAUAUAUAGAUGGGGUAUAGAUACUACAGGAUGUAUGCAUGUUAGCUUCUCUUAUAAUGAAAUUCAGUUAAGGACAAAAUAUUUACAUUGAAUUAUAGUAUUUAUUUUCUUGUGAUAAAGUAAAUAAAAAUGUGUUGGGUAGAAUGGUUGCUUGCAGAAUAAGGUUUUAUUGAUUUCCUUUUUCUUCUGAGAGAAACUCUCUUUUUUUUCUUUUUUUCUUUUUUUCUUUUUUUUGUUGGUCCAAGAAAACAAAACUAGAAAC